ACGGCACCUUCCUCCUCCUCCAUAUUAUUCCUGGGCGGCCCAGCGCCGGGCGUCGUCCCCUGCUCUCUGUAGACCUAAUCUUGUAACACGGUAUACCGACUGUAAUGUUUGCGAAGACACUGUCGAUUAUUCUGGCCCUGGCGUUGCCGGCCAUUGCGCACGAACACCAUCAUGAACUGAGCGAGGAACAGAUGAAUGCGCCGGUGGACUCGAUUUUGUGGAUACAUAUGGCGCUGCAGGCGUUCGUUUGGGGGAUUCUGUUUCCCACUGGGAUGGUCUUGGGACUGACUAGGAGUCGCUGGCAUGUACCGUUGCAGAGUGCCGGAUUCGCCCUCACAUUCGCCGGGAUUGUUCUCGGACACUCGCAUAAAGGGCGACAAUUCUACGCCUCCGUACACGGAACCUUCGCCACCAUCCUCUUCAUCCCCAUCCUCACCCAAUUGGUGCUCGGCAUCUACCUUAAACUGCACAUCCACGAACAGUCUAUUCGACCGUAUGCAGUGAAACUGCACGGAGUAGUUGGGAAGGCAUACCCCGUCCUCGGAUGGACCCAGAUGCUGUUUGGUGCGAUUGCAUUCCGCGGAUAUUGUCGCGGUGGGCAUCUGGGCCAGUGCUUGGCUCACUACAUUAUGGGAAGUGGGUUUAUCGCGUACGGUGUCAUCAUGGCUAUCUUGUUAAUAGUGGGAGAGAACUGGGUGCGUCGGGUUGGUCGCAGUCCGGAGUGGUGGGACUCGUGGGUCAUCAUGCUCUGGGGAAUCGUCAAUACCUUCACGGAGCAUCAUGGUGGUUCCUGGUCCGUCAAGGAUAUGCAACAUACGAUCAUGGGUGUUCUGUGGUGGGCUGGCGGCGCACUUGGCAUCUUCCUUUCUCGCAAUAAUAAUCGCAGCGUUGUUCCUGCUCUAAUCAUCAUCCUGACUGGGUGGGCGAUGUCGGAGCACGCCCAAGCUCUCAUGAUUUCCACUAAAGUUCAUGCAACUUUCGGCCAUACGCUCAUGCUGGCCGGUGUGACUCGCAUCGUCGAGAUAUGCUUCAUCCCGUCGAAGAUCUCCAACCCUGCGGCCGAUGCGGAUGGGGAUGCACACAGCGAGCAUACCUUGGCAGGUGACGAGGGAAGGGAGAGAGACUACACUGGAGGGUUCUUUGAAAGAGGUCAAGGGCCCGCGAAAGCCGGAAAGGCGUUUAGGCAUUUCCCUCCUUUCUUACUCGUUGCAGCUGGGUUACUAUUCAUGUCUGCGACCGAUGAGGAACUCGAAUACGUGCACGACAACGGGAUGGAUCACGUUACCUACAUCCUCAUUAUGUUCAGCCUUGCAUUCAUCCUGUACACACUCAUACUGUCCCUCAUCCACCUAUAUUCAGCAAGCGGGCGAAACGCUCCUGACUCAUCGAAUUCCGCAAAGAGCAUUGAGAACAUCGAGAUGCUGCCCCAUGGGGGCGCGCCGCGGUGGUACGCCCCUGUGCCCAACACUGCGAGCGGGGAGGAGACGCCAAUCACGGCGCAUAUUAUUGGGGACGAUGAGGAUUGAUCUAGAGGCUGUUGGUUGUUGUAUUUCUCGCCUAUGUGUGAGAUCGGAUGUGUCUACCAUUAUACAUAGUAUAUAUCGUGAAGACUGGUAAUGCUGUGGC